UGUCCCUCGGACAUAAAAAAAAAUAGAGCCAAAAAAAAAAUAGAGCCUAUGCUAGCCUCCUGGCACUCCAUCACACUCCAGAAUCCCCAUGUGUCGCUUGCUACUAUGGCAGCGCCCUUCACCACCUGCGUCGAAUGCUUCGAGACUUUCUCCCAGGGAAGGGAUUUCAGUCAUCUUCUCGUCGAGCUGGACUUUGAGAAAACACAACUACUGUUAUGGGGAAAUUCAAGCGGUAUCCUCAAGGCCGUGAAGAAGGAACGCCAUCCCUCGUUUUGCAGGCUUGAUCAUCGUCGGAGAAGUUGACUUCUGCACACCACUGCUACAAGCUGAACCAUUUCCAUGGA